GCAGCUGGGCACCUGGGAGUGGAGGGCAGAGGGGUCCCCACCGCCCAAGGCGCUGAACCUUCCCCGUUGGGAAACAGAGCUGGACUCAGUGAGGUUCCAGAGGGAAUUCGGGCAGCGUGGUAGGGAGGCCUCUUGUCUGGUUCGCACAAUGCUGGUUCCGUGGGCCCUGGGACCAUGGGCCUCAAAGCUCGUCUCCAGGUGGACCUGAACCAGGCCUGUGCCCUGUGGGCACAGUCGGUCCCGCUCCACUGCAUGUCCCCUAGAAAGUCUCCUCCGGGGACAGACGUGAGCAGGAAGCCGACCGUGAGGAACCACGGGGGGCGGUGGCGGUCAGGGUCUGACUGUCCCUCCCGAGAGUGAGGGACCGCUCAUCGGCACCCGCGGUCCCUGAGGGGCAGGGUGAAGACAUGCCUGGGACAGAGCCGCGUUUGGAGCGGGGAGGGCAGAGCGGCUGUAUGGCAGCCGGGUGGCAGGGGGAGGGGGCGGGCUUAGAGAGCCGGAGACCUGCAGACACAGGGUCCCUGGAGGCCUCCACCCGCUGCAGGUGCAGCCCCCGGCCCUUGGGGCUGGAGGGUGAUGUUUCCGUUCUAGAAUGAUCCUCACAGCCACCAUGAGACCCUGAUGGAGGUACCAGAGCCCUGGGGAAAGUCAUCCCGAGCAUCGGACUUGAAUUACAAACAGGACGGGGUAGCUCUGCAUCAGGAGAGCCCGGGGCGCACCACCGAGUGGGGGUGUGUCCUCACCGACGAUGCGGACGGGAAGCAGGGCUCCUGACAAGAACGGGGUUCAGCCCUGGUCGCCGAGGUGCCCACGUCAGAAAGAACAAAACAGCUGGGAAAAACACACUACACGAGCCUUCGAAGGAAACCAAGAGGAUGCGGGGAGAGAGGGCACCGUGCGGGUGCUCGUCAGGGGCCCCUUAACAGGAGGGAAGCCCGGUGUGCGGGCUGCCGGCGGAGGGAGGGAGAGAGACAGACAGACAGAGACACAGAGCCAGAGCCAGAGUCAGAGACCGAGAGGGACAGAGGCAGAGCGCCCCCGGGGGGCCUCGUGCUGACCCGCUCGGUGAGGGGGGAUGAGUUUGCUGUCCCCUCAGACGGAGGUCAGAGUAUCUACCCCCUCGUGGCGCUGCGCGAGGCUCUUCCCGAGCGGCCCCCAGGCCCGCUUCCCCUGGCACUUGGUGCCCCAGGAGAGCUGGUCUCACCGGGAGGUGCUGGGCUCCCCAGCCCCUCACAGGAGCCCCGCUGGACCGGCCUGGAGGGCGCCCGCCCUCGAGGGUCUGCCUUAACCCCCAGCCCCACCCCGGGCAGGGGGUCGCUGCCCCGCUCUGUUCGGGUUACCCCCCACCGCGCUGUGCCGCCUUAUCUGUCGGCGAAAUGUGCCACUGUGUCUCCCCGCCCCCGCGGCGCAGGCCCGGUUCCCGUGGGACGCCUCGGCUCCUGACCCCCGACCCCCGACCCCCGACCUCCGACCUCCGACCUCCUCCCGAGGAGCCGCCCCAGCUCCGUCCCUGUCGGCCUCGGCCUUUCAUUUCUCCGUCUUGCCCUCUCUUCGCCUUAAACGGAAAAAGGCAGGACUGAAGCCUCUAGGACACUGCAUUGCCCGCUGGCCUCCGCGGGCGGCCUUCCUCUGCGGGGCUGCUUUCCCGUCCGCACCCGCUCCGAGCCGAGCCGGGCGGCGCUCUGGCCGCGGGCUGAGCAUGGCCGGCCGCGGGCCGCCGCUCGCCCUCCUCGCCCUCCUCGCCCUCCUCGCGCCGCGCGGCGCCCAGCCCGCAGUGUUUCUUCCCACCUCAAAAGCAAAUGAAAUUCUGGUGAGACGGAAACGAGCCAGCUCCUACCUUUUGGAAGAGCUCUUUGAGGGAAAUUUAGAAAAGGAAUGUUACGAAGAAAUCUGUGUCUACGAGGAAGCACGAGAAGUAUUUGAAAAUGACGCAUCCACUGAUGAAUUUUGGAAGACGUAUCUGGGCGGCUCCCCGUGCGUCUCCCGGCCCUGCCUCAACAACGGGUCCUGCCAGGACACCAUCCGCGGCUACACCUGUACCUGCGCCCCGGGCUACGACGGCCGGGACUGCGCCUUCGCUAAAAAUGAAUGUCACCCUUUGAGGACGGAUGGGUGUCAGCACUUCUGCCACCCGGGGCCGGGGUCUUACACGUGCAGCUGUGCGAAGGGGCAUAAGCUGGGCCAGGACCACAAAUCCUGCAUCCCCCACGACAGGUGUGCGUGCGGAGCCCUCAUCUCUGACGGCCUCCUGGCGUCACAGGGAUGCGAGCAGGACCCUCCGACUUUCCCGUGGCAGGUAAAACUAACAAAUUCUGAAGGAGAAGACUUCUGUGGAGGUGUUCUAAUACAGGACAAUUUUGUACUGACAACAGCAAAAUGUUCACUCUUGUACAGAAACAUUAGUGUGAAAACAAGUUCCCGCUGCCGGGCGCGCGAGGCCCCGCCGGCGGUGGAGGUGAAGGGCGUCCACGUGCACACGAGAUUCGAGGAGGACACGGGGGACAAUGACGUGGCCCUGUUGGAGCUGGCGCAGCCCGUGCGCUGCCCCGACGCUGGGCGGCCCGUCUGCACUGCCGAGGCCGACUUCGCCGAGCGCGUCCUCAUCCCGCGGCCGGGCGUGCUGGGCGGCUGGACCCUCCGUGGCCCCGAGCUGGAGCCCGCGCGGCUGCUGGUCAAGCACGUGGACCCCGGGGAGUGCGGCCGGGCCCUCAACGCCACGGUGACCACGCGGACGGUCUGCGAGCGGGGCGCGGCGGCCGGGUCGGCGCGGUGGGCGGCGGGCGGCGCGGUGGCCCGGGAGCACCGCGGCGCCUGGUUCCUCACCGGCCUCUUGAGCGCUGCGCCCCCCGAGGGCCCCGGGCCGCUCCUGCUCAUCAAGGUCCCCCGAUACGCGCUCUGGCUCCAGCGAGUCACGCAGCAGCCGAGCUCCGCCAGCCAGAGAGGCGACCACGGUCACAGAGGCGACGAGGAGCCGGCUGGGGUGACAGCGCCCUCAGCCCCUCCCCCAGGACCCCUCGUCUGAGCAGAACCCCGGGGA